AGAGAAAGGCAGUCUGCGAUCUCCUCAGCAAAGCAUGGAGGGCUGCAAAGCGUCCCUUUAUCUGCAGCGGGUAUGAAGUGGAGCCCCUUGUGCUUCCACCACAGCCAUCUGAUCCAGAGCUAACACCAGCUCCACGUGCACUCGAACUCGAGCAGACACAUGGCGAUGAUUCAACCAAACCCGAGUCAUCAUCUGGAUCAGAUCCCUCCUGUUUCCUGCCGACUGAAGGUGUUUUUUACCUUUAUGAGGGAACUGUUGGCUCUCGCUAUAAAGUGGGACAUUUACUGGGAGCAGGAGCAUUUCGCCGGGUCUUUGAGGGAACCCGAAAAUCUGAUGGCAAAAAGGUCGCCAUUAAAAGUGUGCAGAAAGUGAGGGACGACCGUUAUCUAUUUAUCGUAAGUUGGCAAAAACCUGGAAUAGCUCUGUUGAUUGUAUUUACAAAGAAUAAAGCAAUGUUAAGUGCUGUACAUCAAAAUACAGUGAGAUGUGUUCUUCAUGUCUAAACUAACUUUUUGUUUGUUUUCUAGCCUGCGUAUUCCAAACCUCUCGUUACAGAAGUGGCGUUGAUGCUUAUGUUGAGACAUUGUCCCAGAAGUCGUAACAUCAUUCAACUGUUGGAGUGGUUUGACGAGCCCCAGAGAUUCGUACUGAUAUUGGACUACUGUCAUCCAUGCCAGUGUUUGAUCGGCUACAUUGGAUAUCGAGUUCGACUGAGUGAAAUGACAGCAUGUGGGUUAAUGCGGCAGGCAAUAUUAGCAGCGCAACACCGCAUCGACAGCGGCGUGUUUCAUAAUGACAUCCAUUCGUAUAACUUUCUGGUGAACGAUUACAGCUUGGAGCUCAAGUUAAUAGACUUUGGGUGUGGCCAGAUAUUUAACAGCGAUGGCUACAGAAGCAGCCAAUACAGAGGAGCACCAGAUUUCUGCCCACCUGAAGUUAUGACGGAGCCCAAUUUCCAUGCCGUCCUGACCAACGUCUGGUCUUUCGGUGUUGUGCUUUAUGAAAUGCUGAACAGAUGUUUGCCGUUCGACCAACCAGAGGAAAUACUGCAUGGCAAAAUUAAGUUUCAGAACCCCUACUUAUCCAGAGCUUGCCAUGAUCUGAUUGGCUGGUGCUUUACCCGUGAUCCCACCAAACGGCCAACGCUAGAGCAGCUCUUACAGCAUGAAUGGUUCAGAAAUCCUCAGAUGUAGGAAAGCAGGGGAUUCCGUCCAUCAUUGGUGUUAGUUUGAGAAACACCAUCCAGUCUGAAGACCACCAGACUCAUGGGAUUGUCAUGGAUGGAUGCAGUGCACAAAAAAGUGCAAAAGAGAGAGAGAAAAAAGCACCUUUGGUGCAGUGCAAUUUUUGAAGUGCAUAAAAAAGAACAUUGAGUGGAUGUCACAUAUUAUAAAUAAAAAUGGUGCAUCAGAAUUCAGACUUUUGUAUUGUCUAGGCCUGUGUACCUGGCCUAGUACCUGUGUACUUGCCUUUAAUU